AUGGCCACCGAACGCCUAAACUCCAUCCUCUCUCACCUCCGCCCAGGAAAUAAGGGCGUCGCCGCUAUCACGCAAAAGAAUCCUGACGACGUCGUCAUAACCCUCUCCCUCCGCACGCCUCUCACAAAAGCUCGCAAGGGCGGCUUUAAAGACACAGAACUCGAUUACCUUGUCUACGCCUUGCUGAAGGAAGUGAUCGCGAAGUCCCAGAUCGACCCUAACUUGAUCGAAGACGUCUGCCUCGGCAAUGUCAAUGAUGGCAAAGCUGCCUAUCUCGUCCGGGCCGCCUCCCUCGCCGCUGGAAUUCCACACACAGCCGGCGCAUCCUCGGUGAACCGCUUCUGUUCUUCCGGAUUGAAAGCAGUCCAGGAUAUCGCAAAUCAGAUUUCGCUGGGGGCCAUUGAUAUCGGUGUCGCUGUUGGUGCGGAGAUCAUGUCCGCUGGCGGUGACAGGCUUAACAAGCCUUUCAAUGAAGAGGUGCUGAAGAACCAGGAGGCGGCGGACUGUAUGCAGCCGAUGGGGCAGACAAGCGAGAAUGUCGGCAAGGACUUCAACAUCAGCCGAGCACAGCAGGAUGUGUACGCGGCGGAAUCUUUCCGGAGAGCUGAGGUCGCGCAGAAGGCGGGCUGGUUCGAUGAUGAGAUCGUGCCGAUAACGACCCGCGUCAAGGAUCCGAAGACCGGCGAGGAACGAUCUGUGACUCUUACCAAGGACGACGGUGUUCGCUAUGGAACAACCGUCGAAUCCCUCUCAAAGAUUCGACCUGCGUUCCCCCAGUUCGGUGAUAAGAGUACCGGCGGAAACUCGAGCCAGGUUACGGACGGUGCGGCGGCUGUCCUUCUCAUGAGACGCAGCAAGGCGAUUGAACUUGGGCAGCCGAUCCUGGCGAAAUUCGUCGGCGCGACUGUUGCGGGUGUCCCGCCGCGCGUCAUGGGCAUUGGACCCACGGCUGCGAUUCCGAAGCUGUUGAGCAAGUUCAAUCUCGACAAGAAUGACGUAGAUAUCUACGAAAUUAAUGAGGCCUUUGCGUCGAUGGCGGUGUAUUGCGUUGAAAAGUUGGGUCUGGACCAUGCGAAGGUUAAUCCUAGGGGUGGUGCAAUUGCGUUGGGACACCCGCUCGGCGCGACUGGGGCGAGGCAAAUCGCGACUAUUCUAAGCGAAGCGAGGAGAACGAAGGCCAAGGUACUUGUUACGAGUAUGUGCAUUGGCACUGGUCAAGGCAUGGCUGGAUUAUUUGUAAACGAGCAGGUUUAAGCUUUGCGCUUUGCUGUUGACUUAUUGAAUAUCUGUUAGCUUUCAGUAAAAACCAAGCACGUCAUGUCUA